AUGAAUUCUCGAGAACAUUCAGAAAUCCCGCCUGCCCCGUCGUAUCCGUCUCCCAACGCCGCGCAAAUCGCACAAGGUACCGUGUCUUACUACGCCAACCAGCGUCAUCUGACUGCCGAUGAGCUUCACCUGUCCGCCGAGCUGUCUCGUGAGGUAGCCGGUGCGAAUGUGAACGAUGGCAGUGCUGCUUCAGUCGCCGCUGCAGCUACUGCUGCGGCCGCUGCGGCCAAUGGACUACCCCAUACUCAGGGAAUGAGCGCGCGUCGGAAGCGCUCGAAAGUGUCUCGCGCAUGUGAUGAAUGUCGGCGAAAGAAGGUUCGAUGUGAUGCCACAUCCGAAGCCGGAGUCGAGACAUGUUCGAACUGUCGUCGUACCGGUGCAACUUGCGAGUUUAGUCGCGUUCCCAUGAAGCGAGGCCCGAGUAAAGGAUAUAUCAAGGAGUUGGCGGACCGUAUCAACAGUCUUGAAACUCAAAUGCAACCACCACUGCAGCCAGGCGAGAUGCACUACCAGCAGAUAAAUGAGGAUGGCUCAGCAGCCCGGGGCUAUCAAGAUUUCUCUCCAUCUAUGGAUAACCAGGGUCUCACUCGAAAGAGGACCUUGUCAAUGUCCGAAGGCCUCCCUAACGCAUUCAUGCAACAGCCCUUCAUCCAAGGCGCUCGUCCAACCUCAGUAGGAGGGUGGCCUGUGCAAGCACCAACGAAGGAUGCUACCCAUGCUGCCGACCUUGCUGCUUUAGAAGAAUAUCCUAGUCCCUCAGUCCAAAAUGGAGGUACCAAGGUGAUGCAGCCAUUUUGGACCCAGGAAGUGCCGGACGCUGCACGGCAACCGGCGAUCAAUCUAGAAACUUUGGAGACACUUCCACCUUCCGUGGAAGUAGACGAGCAAGUUCUCAACGCCUACUACCAACAUAUCCACCCUGUCUUCCCGAUUCUACCAGGCUCUCGAGAUCUUCUUGCCCAGUAUCUCAAAUCAGCUAGUCGCCAAAUUCAAGAAUCAUUCGUACACUCACUAUUUGCAGUCACCGGCGCCAACCUAUCAAGAGCCGAAAACGUGCUGCAAGAAAUUCCCACCUUCCAGCGAGCGCAGGAUUAUCUAACGGAAACGCUCCGUGAGGAUCCACGCACACGAUCCCAGGCAGUCAACUUUGUGCUUCUUUUCACCUUCACCUUAUUGAUUAUUGAUGCUGAUUCUAAAGGACCAGAGAACCUACAGGGUCAGAAUGGUAUUGGCAAGACAGUUCUUACUGAUGCCGCGUUUACUAUUGCACACCACCUUGCAAGGUCAUAUGAACAGAUUGACAGCUGUAACAUGAAUGAUAAAGAUGUUGAUUCUGAUGGUAACCUAGCAAGAAAGAAUUGGACUGUCUUGAUGGUUUUGUCGCGCUGGCAUACCCUGAGUGUGGCUGGUCGGGAUGUCUUUGGUGUUAGUGAGGCUGCCAUGCCUGAGGAUCGUGGUAUCCUCAGCUUUGCGUCUCUACAGCUUGCGCGCUACUCCACAUCUGUCUCAGAGAUUAAUGAGGUGUUUUUUGACAGCUCUGUUCACCCUUCAUUUGGACGGAUGAAUAGCCAUUCUAUCCGCCGCCUCUUCUAUGGCCAACUCAAACGCCUUAAGGAUCUUGAGUCAUGGCACGAAUCUACCGAAGAUGAUGAAAUGAGCACACUCUACACUGAAUCCAUUUGCCCACUCCUCUUCUGGUCCCUCACUCUCCUCCUGAAGAGACAACUCUACACCUCCGUUCCUGCCGAGGUGCUGUACCCGGCCGAAGUCAUCCUAGAACUCCUCCAGCAACACUCUGACUCCUCGAAAUUCAUUGCAUCCCCAUUCCACCACCACGCCCUAGCACUUGCCAUCAUGACACUGUUAGAGAUAACCGAUCUCCCUGAACUAGCAACAGACGCAUGGAUCUCCUUGGACAAAGCGCUGCAAAUUCUCACUCAGCGCGAGAAACAUGCCUCGGCAGCAGGCGAAUUUGGGAACAUUUUUGCAAAUAGGUCGUGGGGAGAUUGUUUCCGUGCAAUGAUUGAAGUGAAGGUUGCCACCUUCCGGUCAACACAACAGGGUAGUGGCCCAUCCGGCCUAGUUGGGCCAAAUGAGCAGCGUUCUUUAGAACAUCUAGCUGACCUAGCUGUCGGAGCUGGAGGUGCAGCUGCUGCUGCGGGAGAAACCCAGGCAGCGCGUACUGGAGCUGCAGCCGCCGAGGAUGCAGCAAGCAGCAGUCAGGCAAAUGCCGGUGCUGAUGCAGGUGCUGGCCAGAAAGAUAGGUCAGAUAUACGUGUCUACGUGGAUUUUACGCAGUUGACUAAGAGGGGGUACCUCAAUGUCUUUGCUGGGUUGUAA